ACAGCUACAAAUGGAAAGUAAAGUCUUACGUUUCUGCUGGACUCAUUCUUGUCUAUAGGAGCAAGAUAAUCUGUCUGCCGAUACCAAAAAACUGGCAGUCUGACAUUUCAAACAUGAGAACUUUAACAUCUGUGCCAGUGACAUGAAGAAAUGCACUGUAGCCCAUAUUUCAAAGGUCGUAGUUCUCCAAUUGACAGCAUUUCCAAACUAUGGUUUAUAGCCUGGAAUAUCAACAGCAUGGAAGCUCUCAAGAUCUGGUCUGUUCUGGCUAUACUUUGUAUUUUUUGCCAAAGCGGUAUACCAUGCGGCCUGUCAACACAUAUUGAAAUAGCUCACAGAGCUCUGGAAUUUUUGAGCAAACAAGAAGGAAACAUUAACUACCGUGAGUUAUUACUAACUCACCAAGAUGCAUAUCAGGCUGGAAGUUUAUAUCCUGAUGCCUUCUAUUCUGGUAUUUGCAAGAAUGGCAUAUUCCAUCAAGUAUCUGAAGAUACUCAUUGGUCACCUUUCCUCAAUGCCAGUGUCCACUACAUCAGAAAAAACUAUCCACAGCCCUGGGAAAAGGCUACAGAGAAGCUGGUGGCUUUCCUCUUUGGAAUUGCUUCUCAUAUGGUGGCAGAUGUGAGCUGGCAUAGCUUGGGGAUUGAUCAAGGAUUUCUACGAGCCAUGGCAGCCAUUGAUUUUCAUGGCUCAUACGCAGAUGCUCAUUCUGCUGGUGAUUUUGGUGGUGAUGUGUUAAGCCAAUUUGAACUUGAUUUUGAUUAUCUGGCACAAAGCUGGUAUGUACCUGUCAAGGAUUUAUUGUCAAUUUAUAUGGAAUUAUAUGGCCAGGAAGUCAUAACAGAAGAGACUAUUGUUGAUUGCACAUAUCUCCAGUUCAUAGAGCUAUAUGGUGAAGUGAUUGGUAUUGCCAAGAUAUACCCUAUUUAUGCCAGGAAGUCCCCAUUUUUGGUUGAUAAAUUCCAUGACUAUUUUCUUGGUGGCGUGGAUGAUAUGGCAUUUGCAUCAAAUAACAUUUUCCAGCAAACAAGUCAAAUAUUAGCAAAUGGGACCAGUGGAUGCUUUAUCCCCGAGAAUCCUUUGUAUAUUCGAUGUACAGAUGAGCAGAGGUAUCCCACUAGUAGGAGUAGAUUUUCCAAAACGGAGCACCGUAGCAACAAAACAUCUUCCCUGGCCAAAUCAGUUGAGAAGAAUAUCAACUAUACAGAGAGAGGAGUUUAUUUUGAUAUGCCAGCUUGGGCAACUAAUUAUCUUUACUUCCGAAAUAGUGCUGCUGCAACGGGGUUGACAAGUAUACUGACAAUCACACAGCAAGAGUCUUCUAAUCACAUCACCAAACCUACUGCUUCAUAUUUUCUGAAAACACCAUAUGCUAAACUUGGAUGGGCAGUGAUUUCAGCUGACCUAAACCAGGAUGGAUAUGAUGAUCUAGUUGCUGGAGCACCAGGAUAUAGUCGCAUCGGACACAUUCAGAUAGGACGUGUAUAUAUUAUUUAUGGAAACAAAUCAGGAUUACCUCACACUGACUUGGACCUAGACCAAGAAGCAGAUGAAAUACUGGAAGGGAGUAAGCCAUCAGGAAGGUUUGGUUCUUCCCUGGCAGCUUUGGAUUUCAACGAGGAUGGCGUACUGGAUCUUGCAGUGGGAGCACCGUCUGUAGGGUCACAGGAGCUCAGUUACAGGGGUUUUGUCUAUAUAUUUUUUGGCAAAAGAAGAGGAGGAGGCUUCUACAAAUCACCAAAUAUUACCAUAGCUUGCCAAGAAAUAUACUGUAAUUUUGGCUGGUCACUGUUGGCAGCUGAUGUUGAUGGAGAUGGAAACCAUGAUCUCGUUGUCGGCUCUCCUUAUGCACCUGGCAGAGGAAAACAAAGAGGAUUUGUGGCAUCCUUUUAUUCAUUUUUCAACAGAAGCAGCCAAGGGCAACUGUCUGUGUCAGAUGCUGAUUGGAUAGUGAAAGGACAAAGGGAUUAUGCCUGGUUUGGAUCAUCACUCAGCAGUGUCCAGCUUCCGAAUAGAACAUUGUUGCUUGUUGGUAGUCCUUCUUGGAAGAGCUGUUCAGGCAUACGCUGCUAUUUCUCUAAAGAUACCAAGCAGGCUGUUGGAAGAGUAUAUGGCUAUAUCCCACCAAAUAAACACAGCUGGUUUACGUUAACUGGAGAUAUGGAUAUGGGGAAUUUUGGUUCAUCUCUGGCAACUGGUUUCCUUUCUGUAGAAGGCACCCCAAGGCACGUUUUGGUGGUCGGCGCACCAACACAAGACAGCCCAUCUAAGCUUGUUUUUAUACCUUCGGUGCUACACCAAGCAGGGGCGGCUUUGAUGUAUGAUCUGAGAGAAGAUACUAAACCUCUUUUGCUCAGCAGUUUUAAUGGGGACAGAAGAUUUUCACGCUUUGGAGGAGAUGUGCACUUAAGUGACCUGAACAACGAUGGACUUGAUGAGAUCAUUGUGACAUCACCUCUUCGAAGUAAAGACAUUGUAGCUGGAGUUCUUGAAGGAGAGUCUGCACGUAUUUAUAUAUAUAGUGGAAAUCAGACCAUAUCGGGUAAAGUUACAAACAAGUGCAAGUCCUGGACUACCCCUUGUCCUGAAGACUGGGCAGAAUAUGUCAUCAUUUCUCCUGAGGAAAAGUCACGAUUUGGGAGUGCUGUGAUUACAGUAAAAUCAGGACCACAGAAUGACAUUGUAGUAGCUGCUGAAAGAAGUUCAGCAAAAGCACGGCUCAGUGGAAGACUUUUUAUCUACACUUUCUAACUGCUAUGCUCCUUUUGAUUAAAUGUCUUCAGUGAACUACUUUUAAUUUUCAUAUAACUUCUCUUUAAAUGUAGAAUAGGGUGAUAGAUAUACUAUUGGACUGACAUUUUGAACAGCACCAAUCUUUUUAAAUAAUGGAAGUUUCACCUCUUAUAUUAGUACUGCUGUAAUAAAAAUCGAUUAUAAAAAGUAA